UGAGUGCCGGGGUUACAUCACAACAAUAUCUGACCUUACCUUAACCACCAAUUAUCUCCGACUUGAGUAACGGUAGAGGCCGUGGCAUAUGAGGCUCCAGUUUAAAGGCUUAUCAUAUCAGAAACCGCGUCUUGUCCGCCCUCCAACGCAACAAUUCCUAGGCGCCGGGAACUGCUCCAUAUAUGGCACAAGCCGCCUUCCUUGAAGUAUUCAAUUUGAAGGACGAAUCUAUCCUUGGCGACCAGAAUUCUGGGACGGUCAAGAAUGGGCCAGCUCGAGAAUAAAUUUGGAAGAGAGAACAUACCCUCUUGGGCACACACCAAUGGUGGCGGUUUCGUAAAGGGCAUUCUGUUGUAGAAGGCUGCCCGCGCAGCUCGCAAACGAGACGAUGAGUCCUCCCGCAGUUCAGCGCAAACGCGUGGCUCAGGCCUGCGACCGAUGCCGGAGCAGGAAAGAUAAAUGUGACGGCGCGAAGCCCGUCUGCUCAGCCUGUGCAGUACGAGGGCAUUCGUGCUCUUAUGACCCAGCCGUAAAGAAAAGAGGGCUUCCGGAGGGGUAUGUACGAGGACUGGAGAACCUUUGGGGCUUUACGAUACGGGAGGCACCGGAAGUCGAAGCAAAUGUGAUUUCCUUGAUGGAGCAGAGGCACGGAACAGACGCUCUACCACGAGGCUGGAACAGCAAAGAUGGCGAGGCAUUGUCGGAUACAUGGAGGAAAAGCCGUUUAUCUCGAGAAUUAGACUCGCUCCUCCCGCUUCUUGAUAUAACUGAUGACAGGCCGGCGAAGAGGAGACGCCAAGAUAGCUCCUUUACCCCACCGACUGAGGCUUCCGCAUUCGAUCCCGCAUUUGUACCCCCUCGCGAAACAUAUCCGGUGAAAGGAGAGCAGCAAACCUCCUCUGCCAUAUUUCCUGCGCCGAUUUUCAAUGGCGCCUCGUCUUCAGAGGCAAUGAAGCUCACAGAUUCCCAACAAAUUCACCUUCCCCACAAUGCCUGGGAGCUUCUUGAUGUAUAUUUCUCUUAUACUCAUUGCUGGUUACCAAUUAUUGAGAAACAUAACUCUCUGCGGGCAUCUUAUCUCUAUCCUACAUCAAUCUCCUCGUCCAUGCCGGGUUCUGGAGACCAUGCAGCCUUAUGGGCGAUAUUGGCCUACGCAGAAUGUCAUCAGGCUAUUAUACGGAGAAACAUGACACACGGUCUUCAGCAAAACGACCCUUGGAUGGCAAGUGAUACGUAUAAAACUGCCCGAAGCCUUAUCCCAGAUGAAGACGGCGUCUUUGAGCUUGGACACAUUCAAAGUCUACUUAUUCUCACCCUUCUAAAUAUGGGCAUGAAUAGAUGGAAGCAAGCAUGGUCACUCAUUGGUCAGGCAGUUCGCAUGGCACUUGAGCUUCGUCUUGAAAAGUGUCCAGAUGAUGCCAAGUCCAGGAAUAGGCAUACGUUCUUCGGUUGCUUUGUAUUGGAAACUCUUGUGGCAGCUCGACUAAACAGAAGCCCUCAUCUCCGAGCGCAAGAUGCGUUGAACUGCGGCCUGUUGCUUGAGGAUGGCUCGGAUGAGUGGAGCCCAUGGGUAGACAGCAUCGGGAUUCGUCGAAACAGUGAAAGCUCUUCUCGAGGUCCCGCUUCGACCCUGAGUACAUUUAAUCGGUUGGUUCAAAUAUCGGCAGUGUUAAAUGCCAUUGUCUGCGGAUACUCUAUUGGAGCCGAGGACCAUGGGAAGUUUGACCUACUGCUCCGUAAAUUCGGCUGGGACUCAAAAGCUCUGGACAAACCUGGCCCCCCACUUCUUCCUCAUCAGUACCAUCUCAGCUGCCUUUAUAGCGCCACGCGCGCUCCUGUGCAUGCACACCAACGCGGACAGGCAAGCCGGGCAGAGGAGUCCCUUCCCGACCUACUUGAUGGCCUUCGGAAAAAUUAUGGGCUCGCUGCUGUUCCUCCUACCUUUGAUUGUCUAGCCCAUGUUUAUAUCCGGCAGUACGCUUCCCAUGGAAGAACUGUGGCUUCUGAGGAGGCCUUAAAUAGCCUGGAGGAGUUAUUAACUGAAAUGGCGCAGACAUGGCCUACGUUCCAAGACACCCUCUUGGAGCUGGGUAAGUUCCGGUCUUCAAUGUCUGGAGCGAAUGUUCCGCUCUCACGAUUCAGUAACCUCCCGAAUACCAACCCAACCACUACAGUUGGGAAAGAUAUUAAUUUAAAGGAAAGUCGACCGCAGAGACAUCCGUCACUUGAUGAGCCUAUGAACACGCCGAGUUCAUCAGAAUACACUUCGUCCGGACAAGCAAUUCUUGAAGCUGCGAUACAGUUCGACCCCUCGUUACUAUUGAUGGACGAUGAAAUAAAGCCAAUAAGCACUCCCUGGUCCUUGCCAGUUGGAAAUCUUACCCUAGCAGCCAAUUCUCCCAAUAUACCUCAGCCAAGCGGAGGCCCGGCGUCGCUACCAUACUACCCGAUGUUUGACUCCCAGACCGAUGAUGACGCUCUCUUUAACGAGUUCGCAACCUUGGAUGCCAUGAAAUGGACCAAUAACUGGGACCAGAGCCUCCAGAACCUCGGUUUCACAGACCUGGAUAAUAUGAAGCAAGACUUCCACGCUUUCUUCCAAGAGCCAAAUCUUCGACCCUCCAAUGAGCAUGAUAUGGGCGAUCAUUUAAUGGCUGGCUCCGCGGCCCUAAUGGAGUACCCAAGUCCGCACAUGGAAGCUAGUCAGAUUCUGCAGGCACUCUCUGCGUCCGAGAUCCCAGUGCUGCCAAGUCGUCAAGAUGGAGGCUGACUUGUAAGUCGAUGCGAUGGCAUCUCAAUAAUUUCUAUUUGGUAGAGGCUUUAUUAUGACCCUGUACUCCAUCGUGCGCCACAAUCAACUAUAUGGUUGCGGUUAAACAGCGAGGAGGACGCGGUGUAUCUGUGCGGGAUCACAUAUCGUGAAUAUGGUCUCCACAAGCGUGAAGAUGGCAACUAUGCCUCCUCAGUGUGUCCAAGGGCAUAGACUAACGUCGAAACAUUACCUGUUUUUCCCACAGGGGACAAAGGUGAAGGGGACGUGUGGAUCUCAAGGGACGGCUGGAGGAGGUAUACCUUCGUCAGGCAGUCGUGGCGUAAUAACGUCUAAACUUCGAAGCCUGGGAUAUGUAGGAUAGAUAUUAGGGAUUAGGCAUGGUGUUGUAUCCGUUGUAAUACUGUGUAUGUCACCAUCUAUAGCCAACUGCUAUUUGCAUAAUACAUGGGUAGCUGGAAUGUGAUAAAGUUACGUAGAGGGUUUUCUCCCGAAGAGGCAUUUAUCGUCGGAGCUUCGCAAAUAAAUUUGGAAUUGAAGCCCAAAAGUAGCGUCUAUAGAUUAGAAGUAGUUUCCCUAUAAUAUUCUUAAACUUG